AUGGCCUCGACUCUCGCCGCAGACAAGGCCGCUGCAACCGCCCUCAAAGUCAAGGGCAAUCAGGCCUUUGCGCAACAUGACUGGCCCUCUGCUAUCGACUAUUACACCAAGGCGAUAGAAAAGUACGACGCAGACCCGUCGUUCUAUUGCAACCGAGCACAGGCCAACAUCAAGCUUGAAGCCUACGGCUAUGCCAUUGCUGACGCUACCAAAGCGAUCGAACUCGACAAAGAUUACAUCAAGGCAUAUUGGAGACGAGCGGUUGCCAACACUGCCAUUCUCAACUCUCAAGAUGCCCUCCGAGAUUUCAAGACAGUCUGCCGCAAGGAGCCCAACAACAAAGACGCAAGACUUAAACUGGCAGAGUGUGAGAAGUUGGUGAAGAAGAUACAGUUCUUGAAGGCGAUCGAAGUGGAAGAUCCUCCGUCAGCAUUCGAAGGACUGGACUUGGACUCAAUAGAGGUGGAUGAGAAAUACGAUGGUGUCAGGCUGGGGAACGAAAUGACGCAGGAGUUUAUCGAUGAUAUGAUCGAGCGAUUCAAGAACGGCAAGAAGAUCCAUAAGAAAUAUGUAUUUCAGAUCAUCAAGGCCGUGAGAGAUAUCGUGUACGACGAGCCCACCAUGGUCGAAAUGGACGUGGCUCCGGACACCAAACUCACGGUCUGCGGGGAUACCCACGGCCAGUUUUUCGACUUGCUGGAGAUCUUCCGGCUCAACGGCUUCCCGACGGACAGGCAUGCCUACCUAUUCAACGGCGACUUUGUGGAUCGAGGAUCAUGGUCGACGGAAAUCGCCCUACUCCUCUAUGCCUACAAGUGGCUGCGACCUACCACCUUCUUUUUGAAUAGGGGCAACCACGAGACGGACGACAUGAACCGAGUGUAUGGUUUUGAAGGCGAAUGCAAAGCCAAAUACAAUGAGAAGACAUUCAAGCUGUUCUCUGAGUCGUUCUCGGCACUACCGUUGGCUACAUUGAUCGGGAAGAAAUACCUUACACUCCAUGGCGGGCUAUUUUCGGACGAUAAAGUUACGCUAGACGACAUCCGCAAACUCGAUCGCCACGUGCAGCGGCAGCCUGGCCAGUCUGGGCUUAUGAUGGAAAUGCUCUGGACGGAUCCUCAACCUCAAAAUGGUAGAGGCCCUAGUAAGCGAGGAGUCGGGCUGCAGUUUGGCCCCGAUGUGACGAAGAAAUUCUGUGAAAACAACAACCUCGAGGCUGUGAUUCGAAGCCACGAGGUGCGGAUGGAUGGCUACGAGGUUGAGCAUGACGGCAAGUGCAUCACUGUCUUCUCUGCGCCCAAAUACUGCGACACGACAGAGAACAAGGGAGCAUACAUCAACAUCGGGCCUGACCUGAAGUUAGAGUAUCACCAGUUUGAAGCCGUCCCUCAUCCUGAUAUCAAGCCCAUGGCGUAUGCAACGAACUCAUUAAUGUCGAUGAUGUAG